UUGCGAUUCAAAACGAAAAUCUAAAAAAAACGUACCAACUCCCAGCUUAUUUGAGAUGUAAGAAAAAACUAGGAAGUAGCAUUGAUUAUUUGAUUCAUUAGAUUCUAUUCGGAAAAAAACAGCUGUUGGCUCGAUUAAUAUUUGAUCGGGAUAUUCAGAAUAAUUAGGAGACGAUACAAGGCCUCCUAGACAAGUUCCAUAGACCUGUUGAAGGUGUUUUGCUCUGCAAAUUAAUCAUCGGAGUUUCUCAUGAAAAAAUACACAUUGAAAUGUCUUCGACAAUCAGUGAAAAUUUUGUAGCUUGUUUAAUUCAUUCAAACUCUUUAGAUUGAAUGAGUAUCCCAGAUUUGUAUUAUUCUAUUAUUGUUUACUUUGCGUCGUUAAAAUGAAAUCGAUUUUUUUCUUGACGCACAUCUUGUUUAACGUUGAGUGUUUGAUGUUCAUCAAAAAAGAAUUUCAGAAACCUUAUCUACAAGUUAAAACGGAAAGUGGAACAGUGCAAGGGGUGAGUCUGCAAUCGGAAAACCUGAAAAACGGUCAUUAUUACGCAUUCUUAGGAAUUCCUUAUGCUGAGCCUCCUGUGGGUGAUCUUCGAUUCAGGUCCCCGAAAUGGGUGGCAAAUUGGUCUGGAGUGUUAGAUGCGGGUCGACAAGGAUCUACGUGUGUGGAAGUAUUGUAUCAAGUUGUCUCACGAAACUCGACUGUAACUGGGGAUGAAAACUGUCUUUUUUUGAAUAUUUUCACCAGAACUAAUCCUCUGAGAACUAAAAUUCUUAAGCCUGUGAUGGUCUUCAUACAUGGUGGAGGAUAUAUAAAUGGGAAUUCAGAUAUAAACAUAUAUGGUCCUGAUCUGUUGAUAUCAGAAGAUGUGUUGGUGGUUACAUUGAAUUAUAGACUUGGGGUUUUUGGAUUUCUGAGUACGGAAGAUUUGGCAUCACCUGGAAAUUAUGGCUUAAAGGACCAAAAUCUAGCCUUGCGUUGGAUUAAGAAAAAUAUAAAAUAUUUUGGUGGGGAUCCGAACAACGUACUGCUUUUCGGUCAAAGUGCUGGGUCCAGCAGCGUCCAUUUCCAUAUGCUUUCUUCCAAGAGCCAAGGGCUGUUCCAUAAAGUCAUAUUAGAGAGUGGUAGUGCACUGUGCCAAUGGAGUAGUCAACGAAAGCCACGUAAUUUGGCGUAUUUAGUUGGUAUAGCAAAUGGUAUUACUAAUCCAAAAGAUAGUGGAGAAUUGGUGAAUAAACUUCGUCAAAUAGAUUUGGAAGAUAUGAAACAAACAUUGUUAGGAAUUUUGAUAGUUUCGAUAACCCAAGGGUUGAUUACGGGGUUACCAUUUGCUCCAUCUUUGGAAGUUGACCAUGAAGAUGCUUUUCUGACGAAAAACAAUUGGUAUGAAAUGUUGAAAAAUGGCAAUUUCAGUCAUGUUCCUGUAGUUAUGGGAAUAAAUUCGAAUGAAGCUUUAUAUUUCUAUGAAGAGGCUUCAAUAUUGCAACCUCUGCUUGUAUUACUGGACUUGGAUGUCAGCUUAUUAACUCCACCUGCAAUGAAUAUUACUGAUAGAGAAUUAUCAACUUCCGUUGGUGCUUUGAUCCGAGAUCGAUACUUUGGACAGAAUAAUAGAAUAUCUACAUCAGAUGUAUUGGAUCUGAUUCGAUAUUUUACCGAAGACCAAUUUAUGAGACCCAUUUGUAAAACAGCUGAACUGAUGAGCAAGUACAUUCCACUCUAUUUUUACCAUUUUCGUUUCGAAAGUCAAUUUGGAAGGAACGCUCUUCCAGGAAGAUCUUUUCCUGUUGGUCUACAUGGUGUGGUACAUGCGGAAGAACUCCUCUUUCUAUUCGAUACGUUAAAUAAUGUUUCGAAAAAAGAGGCCGAUUAUAAUGUUAGGGAACGAAUGAUAAGAAUGUGGACCAACUUCGCCAAAUAUAGCAAUCCAACACCUUCGAUUGGGAACAUUGAAUUAGGAAACAUAGUAUGGCCUACAUUCAAAUCAAGGAACAACUACCAAACUGAAUAUCUAGAUAUUGACGAGAGAUUAAAGAUUCGCAUUGAUUUUGACGAUUUCAAGAAUGUAUUAUGGUGGAAUGAGCUCUUCAAUAAAUAUGGAAACCCUCCAUACCAUAUCUACUGAUCCAUGGAAGAAAAAGGCUCAUUACUUAUGUACAUAUAAAAUAGUUAUAAGAUAACAUUAAACAAAAUGAAAAAGU